GGGGCCAUCUGAGCGGGGCGUGGCCAGUGGCGUGGAGCGUGGUGCGCGGAGAGCGGAGCGGGGCGGGGACAGCGGAGAGGGGUCGGGCCUCCGAAUGAACCCGGACGAUUCUUCUCGGUCUGCGGGACAGGCCGAGAGCCGGGAGCCGACCCGACAUGGCCCUGGUGCCCUAUGAGGAGAGCGCGGGGACGGGGCUGCAGAAAUUCCACAAGCCACUGGCCACCUUCUCCUUUGCCAACCGCGCGAUCCAGAUCCGGCAGGACUGGAGGCAGCUGGGGGUCGCCGCGGUGGUCUGGGACGCGGCCGUCGUCCUUGCCACCUACCUGGAGACAGGCGCCGUGGAGCUGCAGGGCCGCUCUGCCGUGGAGCUGGGUGCUGGCACCGGCCUCGUGGGCAUCGUGGCUGCACUGCUGGGUUAUUUCCAUUUAAAAAUUCCAAGCGCGGAGCACACUAGCAGCCUUGAUCCAGAGACACAGCAGUGAAUCCCGGAAAAAAGCAGCUUGCCGGAGAUCUCUUCGGACCCUGUACCGAGCCAACUCUACCGGGACACCUCAGAUAGAGCAGCUAUGCCCUCUCUGCCUACUCCAGAUGAAACCCUGGUGGCCACGAGCUUCCAGAAGCAAAACCCAGAUAUGUGGGCUCCAGACUAAGGCUCCAGGUCACAUGACGGCAGCGGAGAUUGAACAGGUCUUCCCUGUCUCCCAGCCCGCUUGGGGUCGUGGCUGUCACACCUAUGAUCUGCCUCUGGACGCCAUCCACAAACUCCCAAAUGAACCUCAAAAUGGAUUAGCUCCCCACAGAGAUGUCUCUGGACCCCAACCAUUUAGUUUUAGAAUUCCAGAAGCAUGCAGCCUCAAAACCUCUCAUGAUAUUGAUAAUAAGCAAUAGAAAAUAAAUUAUCUAGCAUCUGCCCCUGGCAGGCAAACUUGAAUGAUGGUGGGAAAAUUCGAGCAAACUAUAAUGCCACCAAGUAGAGAGAAAGAGUAUGGGGAAAACUGUCUGCCAUAGAAGAAGGGUGAGGGCUAGGAUGGAGGGGAUACUGGGGAGAGAUUGGUGGUAGAAGAUGUGCACUGGUGGAGGAAUGGGUGUUCGAUCAUUGUAUGACUGAAACUCAAACACGAAAGCUUUGUAACUGUAUCUCAUAGUGAUUCAAUAAUAAUAACAAUAAAAAAAAGAAUUCUAAGCUUGGAGCCAGAGAAUAGGACAGCAGGUAGAGCAUCUGCCUGGCAAUGGCAGACCUAGGUUAUCCCAAAUGGUCUCCCCUAAACCUGCCAGCUCUGAUCCCUGAGCACAGAGACAGGAAUAUCCCUGAACACCCCAAGUUUGACCCCCAAACAAAACAAGAAUUACUUUGACUACAUUUUAUAUAGUGAUACAUGGUAUUCCCAUUACUGUAGAAUGUUAUGAAAUUUUAUCAGUAACAAGUUAUUACUAGACUUAAUCUAGUUUUAAAAAAAUCUUUGUUUGCGUUAUUGAAGGGAUACCAGGAUCAACUCAGGUCAGCAUGUACAAGUCAAAUGCCCUGCCUGCUGUACUACUACUGCAUUUGCCUUGCACGUGGCCGACCCGGGUUAAGUUCCCAGCAUCCCAUAUGGUCUCCCGAGCACUGCCAGGAAUAAUUCCUGAGUGCAUGAGCCAGGAGUAAUCCCUGUGCAUCACCGGGUGUGACCAAAAAAAAAAAACAAAAAAAAACCCCUCUUACAGGGAAAUUAUAUAAAAGAAAACUACUCUUUGAUUUGUUAGUGAUCCAUGAUCCCGAUUAUUUAUCUCCUAAGGGUAACUUACUAAGUUUUAACAAGGUUUAUCACUGUUACUAAGGAAAAUAAUUUUACAUAUUUUUAUUUUAGGGGCUUUUGUGCCACACCCGGUGGUGCUCAGGAAUCACUCCUGGCAGGGCAGGCUUGGGGGACCAUAUAGAGUGCUGGGGAUCAAAUCUGGGUCAUCCCUGUGCUGGACAAAUGCCCUAUCCACUGUAGCUCCUGCCCCAAUAAGGCUUAUCAAUUUUACCAGGGGAAAACAAAAAUGCACAGAAACUAUUUUUAGGAGACGGUAAAACGAGUUUGGAAUAUUUAGAUGUAUUUGUCCUAUAAAAAUCUAAGUGAAAUA